AUGAAGAACUCAUCAGGGACUGCCAAUGAAGAGGAUUGCGAUGAUUGUGAUGAUUCCAAUUCAAACGAUGAUAGCGCUCCUAGACCUAUACGUGGAUCUGCGGUUCCUUCUCAACCAGAGCUUACAAUUCAAACCGAAUAUCCGAAUCAUUUGGGGAACAGCCCAAGAUCGGAUGACGAUGAACCUCCGCAGUCGGUGAUACAUGCUCCGCCAGGAUUUGGUGAUUUCAUGCCAACACAGCCCACUUUCGAGGGCACGGAAAAGUCACAGUCGCCAUCAUUUGGAAAUAGUCCAAUAUCGCCACCCCCUUUGACAACAUCCAUCAGUCUUACCAAUGAUUGUACCGAACGAGCGACACCACGUGCACAAACAAGGCAUGAGUUCGAGGAAUUUGAGAGACGGACCCGUUCGAGUAGCUUGCAAGACAUCCCUGAAGGGCUAACAAGCAAAGAGGCCGAAAUCAAUGCCCUAAGAGCUGCUCUUGAUGAAUGCUGGACACUAUGUAAUACGCUGGCCAAUCUUAGUUAUAUCCAUCGAGAACGUCUCCUCAAAUCUCAUAAUGAUGAUAUGCAGGAGGAUGCAUGGCGUUCGUGUUGGAGACUUUGUCAGAAGCUUUAUGACACGCGCGAUGACGACUAUGCAUCGCAAAUCCAUCCGACUCUUGAUCUCUGUCGAGAUUUCUGCCAGGCGCUAUUUGAAGCCCGUAUUCGCGACACUGACCUAUCUGACUCGGUCCUACGAGUGAGUUUUGAGUUGAAUAAUCACCUUUACAACACUCACGAUCGAAAUCUUCCCGAUGCCUUCCGUGAAAGAACCUUGGAUUUCUAUAUUACCUUGUGCCACCGUCUCAUGAAACAGCGCACUCGCAUCACAGAGACAGACUCUCUACUGAGUGCAUGUUGGACAUUAGCCGAGAUGCUGUUCAGUAUUCGCCAGAGCAAGAGAGAAGAGAAGCCACUGGAUGAGGAGUUGUUAGGGUCUGCGGUUCAAGCCUGCUGGGAGCUUUGCGAUCUCUUCCGCGAGGGCUGGACCCUCCAUAAUUUGCGCAACUCGGAUAGGGGAACACCACGACCGAGCCAAACUACGUUCUCGCAGGCAUUUCAUCAAACCUCGCAGCAGUCGGAGCUGGAUUUCGGCGAUGACCCAAUGAGCCAACUCGGCAACCCCGAAACCCCAACCACCAUAUUCGAAGAUAUUGCAACGACCUCGCCGGACGAGGCUCCGAUUCCCAACAUACUCGUACUAGGUUAUGGGAACGGGCAUAAUAACCCUCAUACGAAGUGGUCAUCCAAUGCAUCCAGUAUUUCCGAGCAAUCCCGGUCGUCUAGCCACACGGCGUCCUCGGCCAAUACCGUGACAACUAUCUCGGAGGACCCAAACCUCACUCGAUUAAAGAUCUUGAUAACCAAGGCUGCCAUCAUUAGUGGGUAUCAACGGGGUGGGAGCCAGAAUCUCUCAUCAUUUGUGAAAUCACUCCCCUCGGAUGCAUUUGGCUCCGCAGCGUGGCAGACCUCGUUAUUGAAGAAUUAUAGAAAGGUAGUGGCGUUUGACCCGACAUUCAGAAGUGUUGGUCUGCAAGCCCGGGUGGGUGCCAUUGAUGUCGCACAUGCAUGCCAGGCAAUGCUACAAAGCGGCCAGUACUCCUGGCUUCGUGACCUCUAUCGGCUCGUCUUUGGGUUCCAUAUUGAAGAAGCAAUGGGCCGCAAAGGUGUGAUUAUCCAGACAUAG